AUGCCUUCAAUCACGAGCAUCGCUGCUAUUACUGGCUUCCUCUGGACCAGCUUAACAGCAACAGCAGCUAUUGCAGCCUACUCAGGCCAGCAAGCGCUCCUCGGCACCGGCUAUUCUCUCUCCUCCACCAUCAGAGAUGCCCUGAUUGCCAACGACGUCAUCGGCGACGUUCUCGACGACUUUGAACCGACCUAUUCCCUCGACAUCAGUUACCCCAAGUCUCACGAGACGGUGCUUCUAGGCAACGACAUCGCCGUCAAGGCCGUUUCCAAGCGCCCGGUGUUCACGUUCCACUCUCUUACAAGUCCAUCCAUUAGUGCCAAGAACUUGACUUUCACCCUCGCUCUCACCGAUCCAGAUGCAAAGUCUAGGGACAAACCAAUAUGGUCCGAGAUGUGCCAUUGGAUCGUGACCAACCUGACAACUCCUGAACCUGCGCUCCAUCUGUCUAAGGCCCAGCCAGGAGAAUUGGAAGAAUACCUUCCCCCGAGUCCGCCACCCAAAACAGGAUCACACCGAUACGUAUUCGUGUUGUUGGAAGGAGACGCUUCGAAUCUGGAGGCACCAUCGGAUAGGAAACAUUGGGGGUAUGGGAAAGUCCGACAUGGUGUGCGAGAUUGGGCUGGGGAGAACAACUUGACCGUGGUGGGAGCCAAUUUCUUCUUUGCUCAGAAUAAGAAGCAGUAA